CCAGAGUAAAACGGAGCCUGUCAGCUGAUUGCUUUCCAAAAAAGCUGAAAGAUGGCGGCAGAAAUCCACUCCCGGAUGCAAACCAGCCGCCCGGUCCUCCUCAACAAAAUCGAAGGGCACCAGGACACGGUGAACGCGGCGGUGCUGAUCCCCAAGGAAGAUGGGGUGAUCACAGUCAGCGAGGACAGAACAAUACGUGUAUGGUUGAAACGAGACAGUGGUCAGUAUUGGCCAAGCAUCUUUCACACAGUAUCAGCACCCUGCUCUGCCAUUUCCUACAAUCAUGACAGUAAACGCAUUUUUAUGGGGCAGGAUAAUGGAGCGAUUGUGGAGUUCAUCAUGGCUGAAGAUUUCAACAAGAUGACUUAUGUAAAGACUUAUCCAGCACAUCAGAAUCGUGUUUCAGCAAUCGUAUUUUCUCCAGAAACUGAAUGGGUUAUAAGCACAGGACAUGACAAGUACCUCAGCUGGAUGUGUACCAGGAGUGGAUGUCUACAGGGAAGGCAUUGCUUUACUGCCUGGGCUUCCUGCUUACAAUAUGAUCUGGAGACGUGUCAUGCAUUUGUUGGUGAUUAUUCUGGGCAGAUCACAUUAUUAAAGCUUGAACAGAAUUCUUGCAGCAUCAUUUCAACAUUGAAAGGACAUGAAGGCAGUAUUGGAUCUCUUUGGUGGGAUCCUAUCCACCGACUGCUGUUCUCUGGAGCAUCUGACCACAGCAUUAUCAUGUGGGACAUUGGUGGGAUGAAAGGCAGGACUAUAUUGCUUCAGGGUCAUCAUGACAAAGUGCAAUCUCUCUGCUACUUGCAACUAACACGGCAGCUGAUUUCCUGUGCUGCUGAUGGAGGUAUUGUAGUUUGGAACAUGGAUGUUCAGAGAGAAGAGGCUCCCCAGUGGCAGGAAAGUGAUUCUUGUCAAAACUGUAAACAGCCGUUCUUCUGGAACUUAAAACAGAUGUGGGACACAAAGAGCCUUGGUUUGCGACAGCAUCACUGCAGAAAAUGUGGCAAAGCUAUUUGUGGGAAAUGCAGUACCAAGUGUACGACCUACCCGGUGAUGGGCUUUGAGUUUCAGGUGCGAGUCUGUAAUGACUGCUUUGACACCAUCAAGGAUGAAGAUCGAACUUCUUUGGCAACAUUCCAUGAAGGCAAACAUAAUAUCGCACACAUGAAUCUGGAUAACACAAGAGGAUUGAUGGUAACCUGUGGAAGUGAUCGCAUUGUGAAGAUCUGGGACAUGACACCAGUCAUUGGCUGCAGUAUGGCUACAGGGUUUUCUUCCCGUUGACCUCCGACCUCCAAUAGCACUGCACCUUUGACGUGUACAUGUAGAACCAAUUCUACUUACAUGUUACCAUGGAGACAGUGCUAUUAAAGUUGAGUAGAGAUUCAGGUGACAAACUCCUACUUUGCCCAAAGGACCGAAUAAAUAUUCACUUGAGUAAACACUGUUUGUGCCCAAUGCUAGAAGCACAGGAAAUAAAACUGCAAAAGAUAUGAAAAAGAAAACUACCUUUCUAACUAAAAUUGUAAAAUAGCAUCAUAUUACAUAAGAGUAUAUUUGUUCUAUAUUUAUUCUGUGCAUAACCUAACAUGAUUUAAUUAAAUGUCUUUAAUGAAGAAAAAUUGUGCAAGAUAAUUUUUAGAUAAAAAUGUGUCAUUUAUCCUAGCCAUAAUGCCAUUUAGGUGUUGUAAGCUGGUGAUUCCUGGUCUGUUUACAGUACGAUGGUUUUCAGUGUUUGCUUUAUUUGUACACUGCAAAUUCCUGUCGUAUGCAGUUUGUGACCAGGCAUUGAUAAACAGGGGCACUUUAUGGGGGAAAUGUAAGCUGCAUUUUUAUAAUGACACAGGAAAUAUUUGUGAUUACAAAAAAAAACACCUAUACCUAUUAAACAAUUUGCUUCUCUCUUCAACUGUGAUAAGCAAGAAGCAUUUUUUUCCCCCCCUUUGACAUUUACAUAAAUGAGUACAUUCCCUUUUGCUGUGGGGUGCACAGUCUGAUUCAGGAGGAUGGGAGAUUUGAUUUUUUUUCAUGAGCACAUGCAAAAGAUAUGGUCAUGUUGUUCAGCAUUUUCACUUGCAGAAAACAUCUUAAUGAAGAAAACUCCACACAGUUUGCAAUAUUUUGAAUUACCAUCACUAUUUAGCUAUAUUCAGUUAACACUAGUGUUGCUGAAGCAAUCAGUGUUCAUUAUAUACUGGUUAUAAUUCCACUAAAAGCACGUGUAUCCUUUACCUCAAAUUUGAUGCUAGUGAGUUAAUGCUUUUGGAUUUCAGAUGUUUGCUAUAUUACUUUAGUACACCCCAGGCUCAGCAGAAUUGAUUUCAUGUUUUCAUUUUCUGCAUUUAACAGUUUACAAUAACAGAAGAAUAAUGGAAAAUACAGCUCUGUAUUUGAGAACAGCCAAUGUAUAAUUAAAAGGUGUGAAUGAUGCACUGCAAAUUUUGCCAUGCAUUAUGUUAUAUGCUCCUAAUAGUUAUUAAAGGAAGAAAUUACUUAUCUACAAUUGUUGCUCAAUUUAUCUUUUGAAAAAAAUCAUUCAAAUUUCUUUGCCUAAAAGAAUUUGAGUUUAGUUUUGGGGAAGAGUUCAGAUGAGGAUUAGCCUUAGAGUGCUAUUGUCUUGUACUGCAUUGUCACACUAGAAGGGGAUGGGAGCAAUGACAUAAAGUAAGCCACUGCAAGAUGAUAAAGUGCAGCUAUGAAUCUUACCGAGUAAUUAAAUGACAAUUGUUUCAAAUCUUU